UCUCAUGACUGCUCGUUUUAAGACUAAAUGUCAAGCAUAUGACUGCUCUAAGGACAACAAUAAUACAUUACCUCUGAAAGAGCAUAGACACACAAAUAACAGGCCUACAUUAGACAUCACGAAGUGAGGAAUUGAUUUGAGAAUGGGAUCUCCUUGGUGGCUUCACAUCAUUCACAGUGUCCCGGGGGGGGACUUCUGUGGUUUUGUAAAAAAUCUUUUUGAUUUAACAACACUGUGACCGUCUGUAUUAAUAUGUUGUGCUGAUGCUUCACAUUUAAAGUCAGCUCAAAGUUAGCUGCUGAACUCAUAGCAUCUGAAAUGAUUCUAGUCAUGUCAUCACAGUUAUGCAUUCUGUCUCAAAAUGAGAACCUCUCUUUAUCUUUCGGCGGGUCUGGCUUCCUAGCUACAUACCAGCUCGGUGCCGCGCAGAGUCUUUUGGAUAACGCCGCCUGGAUCCUGCGAGGAGCUCCGAGGGUCUACGGCGCGUCUGCUGGUUCCCUGGUCGCUGCAGCGGUCGUCUGUGGCUCCAGUCUCGGACAUGUUCGAGACCAGCUUUUGGAGUUUGUGCGAUUUACCCAACAGCAUCCUCUCGGUCUUCUCAGUCCCUCGGUGGAUAUUUUCCGGUGGCUGGAGGUCACACUGCAGCGCUGUCUGCCUGAUAACGCACACACUCUGGCCAGCGGCCGUCUGCACAUCUCCAUGACUCGCAUCUCUGAUGGAAAAAACCUCAUCGUGACAGAAUUUAAUUCCAGCGAUGAGCUUAUUAAAGCACUUUUGUGUAGUUGUUUUGUCCCUGUAUAUUCUGGAGUGAUCCCACCGCAGUAUAAAGGUGAGCACUAUAUGGAUGGAGGUUUCACAAACAUCCAGCCCUUCGAGGAUUCCUCUCCCACCCUCACCAUCUCACCGUUUGCUGGAAACAUGGACAUCUGUCCGUUUGAUACCUCCACCAUCCUGUGCGAUGCCAUCAUCCAGCAGCUCUCCUUCCAGUGCUCCGUCACCAACUUCAUCAGGCUGGUGGACGCCUUGUUUCCUCGGGACUGGAGGAUUCUGAAGAGGGCUUUCUACAGUGGAUACCAAGAUACCGUGUACUUCCUGCAGCAGAGCAAUGCACUGCCGCUGUAUCCUCAACAGAGAAGGGAGUCUGAUGCGUCUGAUGAUUCAGUGAGCUCAGGUCACUGGAUGCUGACACAGUCUGAUCGUGCAGAGGAAGAGGAAUCCCAUCAAAACUGCCCUGGAACACCUGCAGUCAAUGGAGUUUGUUCAUCCGCGAGUCCAUCUCGUCAAGAGCCGACAGUACAGAAGAACUCACCAGCAGAGGUUCAGGGAGUGCUGUUGGGUAAUAUGGUGGGGCAGCUGGAGAUUGUGAGUGAUUCGGAUGUGGCUUUACCUCAGCGGAUGCUCUCAUACCUGCUCUUACUCUUCACACUGCCAAUCUGGAGUGCCACCACCUUAUGGGACAGAUAUCAGAAAUGGAUCACUAACGCUAUGACUGUGGCAUACUGGCUCUGGCACGGUAUUAAAAUCUUCAUGAUUUUUAUACUCAAAAUUGUACUGUCCUCCACAAGAAAAGCCUUUGGAGAUAUGAUGCUGAGUCUGAUCAGUUUUAUACCUGCGCAAGUUCACCAUGAACAGCACGGAGGCAGAGAUCUGUCUGAGAGACACGUGAUGACCUCCUCUAAUCUGAAUGGGCACGUCUCUGCUGUCUUCCCGCCGAGUCCCUCCAUGGCACAAACCCUCACAAAGCUCUUCACACUCCUGUUUUCACUAGAGACAGAGAGCAAGUGGAGAAGACGCAAGAUAGAAGUGCAACACACAUUACAGCAGCACGUGGCCGAAGUGAAAAGAAAUUAAAAACAUGCAAGCAGUGUGAGAUGGUUAAGGUUCCUCAACACAGAGUGAAACUGAUAUAUUAAACUGUGCUGCUUCA